AUGGGUUGUUGUUCGUGUGAUUGCUUUGUCUACUUCGUCCUCUCUGUUGCUUUAGCUUUCAUUGCCGUCUCCACCACUCUACCUCCACCUCCAGAUUCCGACAUUACAAAACCUAACAAACCCAUUCCUCGUCAUCAUCCUCUCUCUUUAAACGCUUCAAAAGUUUUACGUCAAUCCAACUUCAAAGCAAUCGCCACUCUCCUCCACGUCUCCCCUGAGAUCUUCCUCUCUUCUUCUUCUCCCAACACAACCCUCUUCGCUAUUGACGACUCUUUCUUGUUCAAUACGUCAUCUCUUCCUCCUCUGUUUCUGAAGCAGCUUAUUCAAUAUCACACCCUCCCUCUAAGGCUUCCGAUGAAGGACAUCUUAGAGAAGCGUCGAGGAACCUGUCUCCCUACUCUUCUCCGUCACCAAAGCGUCGAAAUCUCCACAGUCGAUAAAGAAUCAAGAACGGCAGAAGUGAAUCAUGUCAUGAUCUCACAUCCGGACAUGUUUCUUGGAGAUUCAUUGGUUAUUCACGGUGUUCUUGGACCCUUCUUUACUCUGCAGCCUCACAUGGAUCAUCUCCCCAAUUCAUCUUUAUGUCAAUCUGAAACAAACAAAACCAUUGUCGUCGAAGAAGAAGCUGACCCGGUUAAGCUAGACUGGACUCGGAUCAUUCAGCUGCUAAGUUCAAACGGGUUUGUACCAUUUGCAAUUGGAUUGCACUCUGUUCUCAACAGAAUCGUUACUGAUCAACACAAGAACAUGACUGGAGUAACGAUUCUAGCCACACCAAGUCCGGUCUCACUGUCAUCUGCCUCUCCGUUGCUCUAUGAUGUCAUGAGACGACACAUUCUUGCUCAACGACUCACCAACAAAGACUUCUCUUCAUUGCCUGAUAAAGCCAUACUCAAGACACUGGAUCCUUACCAAGAUCUCAUAAUUACCAGAAGAAGUGUAGUUAACUCAUCGUCGCCGUGUUUGAUGAUCUCUGGAGUUGGGAUUGUAGCUCCAGAUAUGUUCUCUUCUUCCAACUUUGUAAUCCAUGGGAUAUCACACACUCUAGAUAUCCCACGUGCAUAA